CUCUAUUACUUGCAGUUAUUAGUCAUCUUCUUCGUUGGUAACCAAAACUUCAAUCUUUAUUUCUUUCACCAAAUUCCAAAUUUUCAGCUGCCAUCUUAAUCCCCAUUAAUACUCUACUGGCCACACACUAUAUAUAUUUCUCUUUCUUUAGUCCAUACAUUUCUUCAUUGUGUAUUCUUGUUUUCACCUAUUAUUUUUCACAAGUAUCAGUAUAGCCAUGGCGGAUAAUUCAACUCAGCUUAAAUCCGAUGCAAUUUUUGAUCAAUUGAAACUUCAUCUUUCUACUGAUGCUGGAAAGGAACUCAUUAAGAAGAUUGGUCUUGUUUACCAAAUCAACAUAGCCCCUAAGAAAAUUGGAUUCAAUGAAAAGGUGUAUGUUGUUGAUCUAAAGAAAGGAGAAACAAAAGAAGGGCCAUACGAGGGAGGGAAGCCUGAUGCAACAUUUUCAUUUAAAGAUGAUGAUUUUGUGAAAAUUGCUACUGGCAAAAUGAACCCCCAAAUUGCUUUUAUGAGGGGUGCGAUGAAAAUUAAGGGGAGCAUAAGUGCAGCACAGAAGUUCACACCUGACAUUUUCCCAAAGCCCUCUAAGCUGUGAACAAAUCUACUGAAAAAAUGUCAGUAGGGACCGACAGUUCUUCUAGAUUUUUCUUAUCUCGAGUCACCAAAAUUCAACUUAUAUGAUUAGAAAUUAUGGAGGACUUGAAUUUAUCUGUCUGUUCUAGGGUAUUAUUCAGUGUCACUUUACGAUGUAACGGUUGUUCUGGGUUUUUCUUCAAGGAAUUGAAAUAUAAAUGUUCACAUUUUAGGCAGUCAGGCAGUUUGAGCCUGAUGAUUAUGUCUAUUAUGUUAUAUCGAGCUUAUAUUAUAGAGGGUGAUUCUAUUUUAUGAUUA